GUUGUGCUACGCGAUUCAGGUUGCCGUUGUCGUGCACAGGCGUGUCGUCAGCAGAGCUUGGCGAUCUCCAACUUUCACGUCAAUAAACAUCUUUGCGCCAGACAGCAUACCAUCACGACCAUGCUAUCCGAGGAACAACUACUGGAGACGGCAGCUAGCGAUGGCUCACUAGAUAUCACAGAAUGGCCUCGCGUGCUGGAGAGCUUGCUCCAACGACUUCACGAUAUUGUCUAUAACGAGUUUCCCAUACCACAGCUGUCCCUCCACGAAGCCGCGCCGCAACAUCCGCCAAUAGACCCCGAAGUGGUCGCCUCGACACCGCCGCCACGAAUACCCACCAGCGACGUCACCGAUGUGACCGAGAGCAGUCUGCCAGGUCCCGAGAGUGAGCGUCCACCAGACAGCCAGAGCAGCUCGAAGGAGAAUGAGGCCCCCGUUGUCAAUCAUGCCGCUGGGCGGCCUCUCGCGGCGCCUCGGGGCUUCGAGGUGACGACAGACUCGCAGCGCACAGAAGCAGUACCUUCACCCACCGUCCUCACAGACGGAAUGCAGCUCUCGGUCCAAGGGACUCUGCCGCCCGAGCUAUUAAGCAUGUACCAGUCCUCCACAAAGAUCCUGCAAUACGACUUCGCUGAGAGCCCCCCGUAUACAAUCCAACGGCUGGCUGAGCUUGUGCUCCGCCCGAAGAGACACUACCGUUUUCUACCUGCUUACUUGCGUGCCCUCGAUCGCAUAGUCUCAGUCAGCUCGCCGUUGACGGACUUCCCUCUACCAACCCUGCGCGUACCGGCAAAUGGAGGCUUCCUGACGAAUGGUGAAGUGCAAGUCAAUGGCGUCUCGGAAAGAGAUGGUCUCGGUAGUGACGAGAGCUUAGGGGGCGCACUUCUGACACCUAUACCAUGGCUGAGAAAUCAGACCGGUAUUUUGGCGUCCUCUUCAGGCACAGACAGCAACAGUCAGGGUGAGCUCCACAGCGAAAGCACGGAAAUGGUUGAUGGUCCUCACGGACCAGGAGGCAUCGAGACGGUAUCUGUGACCGUGAACGGCAUUCAUAGCACGGGUGUGCCACAGCAGCAGGUGACAUCUUCGCCCAUUGCUUCACCGACGUUAUCAGAGCAAAGCGAUGCUAGCACCGGCUCUGCUUCGUCGACGGAGGCGCAGCUGAGAGAACAAGGGGCUGUCACACAGGGAGAGCUACUGAGGCAAGAGCAAGAAGCGGGAGUCGUGCCAAUGAGUGCAGCAGGCCAGCCCCGGCGAGUAUUGCAUUAUACUGGCGCUGUAGGUCGAGAGUCUGCUUCUGCAGUGCCUAGCAUUACGGAGGCGGCGCUGGACGAAGGAAUGGGAGAGCAGCCUCACGCCCGAGGACCAGAGGAGAUCGGAGAUGUGGAUAUGGGUCCUCAGAGGCGUCCUGGUGAUGGUGGUCCGGCGCUUGAUCUGGAAGCUGCAGUAGGCAGAGGCAGAUCGAAGAGUCCUAUGCCGGACAUUGGAGACGCCUUCCCUGCUGCGCAAAGCGACGACGAGGUGAUGGGAGAGCCUGGAGCACCUGGACAGGAUUCACAGGACGUGGACAAGGACAUCGAGCAGUUGAAGAGAGCUAUGGACCAAGAAAAAGAACAAGAGGCAAAGGAUGCCGACGGGGAUGUCAUGGUCGCGGACGUCGAUGGGAAUCCGGUUGAACAGAAAACAGAUGGGGACAAUCAGCCUGGCGCAGUGGACGCGACGACGAUUUGAGAGACGCGGUAAGGUAUAUGUCGAGCUGAGCUACGAGAUACCGCUGCGAUGACGAGCAUAGAAUAUGGAAAGG